GCGGCGGGAGGCGCGGCGGGCGGCGGGCGCGGGCCGCGAUGAGCGCGCUGCGGCAGCGGCUGGGCCGGGAGCCCGGCGGGGAGCCCGGCGGGGCGCGGGAGCCCGAGGAGAAGGAGUCAGAGUCUGAGAACAAGCUGGAUGGAGAGACAGCAUCAGACAGUGAAAGCAAAUCUGAAUUUGGAGGCUCUCCCCCAGUGCCAACAUCAGAUGACACUCCAGAGGUCCUGAACAGAGCCCUCUCCAACCUCUCCUCAAGAUGGAAGAAUUGGUGGGUAAGAGGCAUCCUCACACUGGCAAUGAUCACCUUCUUCUUCAUCAUCAUCUACUUGGGACCUAUGGUCUUAAUGAUGAUAGUGAUGUGUGUCCAGAUCAAAUGUUUCCACGAGAUCAUCACCAUUGGCUACAACGUGUACCACUCGUAUGACCUGCCCUGGUUCAGGACGCUCAGCUGGUACUUCCUGCUCUGUGUGAACUACUUUUUCUAUGGUGAGACUGUGACAGAUUAUUUCUUCACCCUGGUCCAGAGAGAGGAGCCCCUGAGGAUUCUCAGCAAAUACCAUCGCUUCAUUUCUUUUGCCCUCUACUUGACAGGUUUCUGCAUGUUUGUCUUGAGUCUGGUGAAGAAACACUAUCGCCUCCAGUUCUACAUGUUUGGAUGGACCCAUGUGACGUUGCUAAUUGUUGUUACCCAGUCACACCUCAUCAUUCACAACCUGUUUGAAGGAAUGAUAUGGUUCAUUGUCCCAAUUUCCUGUGUGAUCUGCAACGACAUCAUGGCCUACAUGUUCGGGUUCUUCUUCGGCCGCACCCCACUCAUCAAGCUCUCCCCAAAGAAGACCUGGGAAGGUUUUAUUGGAGGAUUUUUUUCCACCGUUUUGUUUGGACUGCUGCUGUCCUACGUGAUGUCCGGGUACCGGUGCUUCACCUGCCCCGUGGAGUUCAACAAUGACACCAACAGCUUCACAGUGGACUGUGAACCCUCUGAGCUGUUCCAGCUGCAGGAGUACAACAUCCCCCUGGUGCUGCAGUCCGUGGUGGGCUGGAAGACAGUGAGGAUGUACCCCUUCCAGAUCCACAGCAUCGCCCUGUCCACUUUUGCCUCCCUCAUUGGGCCCUUUGGAGGCUUCUUUGCUAGUGGAUUUAAGAGAGCCUUCAAAAUCAAGGACUUUGCCAACACAAUCCCAGGGCACGGAGGGAUCAUGGAUCGCUUCGACUGUCAGUACCUGAUGGCCACCUUUGUUAACGUGUACAUCGCCAGCUUCAUCAGAGGUCCUAACCCAAGCAAACUGAUCCAGCAGUUCUUAACCUUACGGCCAGACCAGCAGCUCCACAUCUUCAACACCCUCAAAGCCCACCUGGUGGACAAGGGGGUGUUGGGCAGCUUGGAGGACGUGUAGACAACCGGGCGCUGGGAUUGGGACAAAUGGACAAGGCUCUCUGAGGAAAUUUCCUGGCUUGCCUGAUUUAAGACAAUAACAAGGCCUCAUUUCACUGUAACUCUUCUUCCUUUCUUGGUAAAUGUUUGCAUUUGUGGGUUUUUUUAAAUAAUAUAUUUAUAUAGCUUUGGUUCAAAUGAGCAAAUCUUGGGUUUGUAGCUGAAAAGGAGUGAAGGCUUGGAAGGACUGUUGGGUGAAGUAGGAGGGUACGACUUGUCCUCGUGGUCUGUUCUGAACCUCCCAUGCGUGCAGGCAGAGCUGAACUGUUGCUGUGAGUGUUGAGGCAGGGAACACACCCAGUGCUGUCCAGACAAGCCCCCCAGUCUGUGGGAGCCCACGGGGCAGGCGAAGCCGGGACGCUCCCCUGGGCCAGGCUGUGGUCACCCUGGCAGCUCUGGGGACAUUCCUGGUCUCUGGUGGUAACUGUGGAUGCAAUGUUGGUUCUCCCAGAAAGCCACAGUGAUGCCUGUUGCUGUGUCCCUGCAGACUGCACAAGGUUCAGGUAAUUGGAAGAGGAUCUUGGACUGAUCCAGCCACGUUUCCUCUGCCCAGCCAGGCACGUGCAUCUGAUUUCACUUGCUGGUUUUUUCUGCAGUGCCUCUCACAGUCCCCCCUUAUGGCUGGUAUGUUGUCAAAUGGGAUUUUUAUAACAAACUAAAUCAGAACUAGACUGGGGACAAGGAGUCUGGAAACCAGUAGUUGCUUGUGGGAGUGUGGGAGGUUCAAAUUGCUUCAAAACUGAAUGAAGUAAAUAGGUUUUAAAGAACAUUGAAGUUUCAUUGAGUAAUUCCUGCCAAGUAAGAACAAUCCCUUAAAUAACUUGGGUCAUUUCCCUCCCCCCUCUCAAAAAAAACUUUUAAGAAACAUUGAACCACACGUUUUCAUUUCUUGAUGGUUGGAAACCCCACACUGGGAUAUUGUAACUAGUUGGAAGAGCAGAUUCCAGCUUGGAUUUUUUUCUGAAGUUUGCUGGCUGGGGACGCAGCCCCUGCUGGAGCUGCCAGCUGGUGUUUUGUUUUUCUUUCAGGGAUCAUGUCUAUCACUUGUUUGUUACUUGAGUUUUAGAUGUCGUGCUGCUGAGUUUAUCAUGGUCUGUGUUGCAUUUCAAUCUGGGUUCAUUUACCUGCAGGUUUCUGUCCUGCUCUGCUUACUAAAUCUUGUCAUAAAUAGUUUGUACUUAAUAGUUGUAAGUUUUAUCAAAGUACUUUCCUUUAUUUUGUCAUACUUCUUUUUUAUUAUUUAAAAAGGAGAGCCCUAAGGAUUGUAAAACUUUCUUUUUGGCUAGAUAGUGAAAAUACCCCUGGCUUACACCUUAAGCAGUGUUCCCAAACACAAGGUGACUCUGAUUUUCCUUCUUUCCAUAGUUUAUGCAUAGGAGAGAGAAACUUUACCUUCUUUUAACUUGGGGAAGGAGUGACAGGGAAGGACAGUCCAGAAGUACAUUGCUGUUUUCAUCAGCCCUAUUCACAGACACCCCCCUGUGGAGACAUGGACACACUGAGAGCUAGCUAAGCAGCAAUGGGAAAUAAAAACACCUGAAGAUACUUUGAGGAUCCUGCUCCAUAUCCUGAUUCUGCCAUUGCUUCCAUUCGCCCUGAGUGAGCCCCACUUUGGGUGGAGAUGCAGGAACAGUGGCCAACCUCUCUCUUACGUUUCUACAGGACUCGUUGUGUGUCAUAAGCUCUGCUUCAUCUCCUGAAGCAGGAACCCUGGGGCAGAAGUUUGUCCCAAAUACAGGUAUUUGAUGGAAAGCACAGACUGCAGAGGAGGGGCUGUUACCACAAAGUAUUGCCAGGUUGAUGCUGGCCAAGCUGCUGGUUUCUGGCAGGAGUCGGGAUGGCUGCGAUGGAGCCUGUUCAGGAUUGCCUUUGGUUAAUGCCAGUGGGAGAGGCUUUCCUGGACUAGUUGUCCAGCUUGAAUUAGGCAGGGAUUUAUUUUCUGUCCACUUAGAGGGUCUUGCUCCAAGCCCCUGCUUUGAAAACUGGAGGGCAGAAUGAAUGUGCUUCCAUCUUGCUUGGCCCAGGGCGAAUAUUUGAUCUGCGUUUCAUGACAGCUUGGUUGGGUGAGGCAAGGUGAGGGCACCUGCAAGGAGAGCUUGGGCUGGGAAGAGGUGAGGAAGUCACAGGCUUUGUGUAGUCCCUGAGCAGCACUUUGCCCGGUGGGGUCAGAAAAGCUGGUGCUUUCCUGGAUUCUUCCUGCCCGUUGCCCAAAAGGCCCUGGAGUGCAGUGCUGGGUCAUGAGAAGCAGCCACAGUGUUGAUACAGAUCACACAAGUGAACUGCGCUUUGUGUUAAGAAUCUUUUCAUCUGGGUCUUUAGUCUCCUGCUGGCCUCGCUUUAAACCUUUUUGUACCUCUUUAGUUGCAAUUAGUGGGGCAAAAACCCAGCGUGUGCUUUUGGUUUGAAGCAGCAUCUGGGCCUUCCUGCAGGGUGCAGUGCUGGGUGUGGACACCGGAGGGCAAAGCAGUUGCAUCUAGUGGCUUCCUCGGGCUGGGAGAGGCAGCAGCAAGAAGCCCUGGGGGUGAAUUUUCCCAAUGAACUUGCAGCUUUAGUCUUGCUUCCUUCCCACAGCGCAGCUGAAGGGUGGACUUCCAAGGUUGUUUUCUUCCUGAAGGGUCAAGGUGGAAAGGGUUGAGCCGAGUAAACUGAAGGGGAAGGUGCAUCCAUGUGAGAAAUGGAGGAUGAGUGGAGGGAGAGGAGGGUUGUGAAGGUGAUUUGCAGACUGUACAGCUGAUCCUGCUCUGAAAUGCUGGUGGGCACCAGCACGUGUUGUCCAUCGGGCUGGAAGCUGUGGGUGGCAAAGCCACCCUGCUGCUGGGAAUGUUUGUGGUGCUCAGCUCUUGGUGACAUCGUGCUCUCUGGGAGCAUCUGGUGGGUUUUCCCCACCAGCCCAGCCUGUGAGUGGCUGUAGUUUGCUGUAAGUAUUUCAGGUUAGACUUAGAAAGUUUGAGGAAAUGAAAAGCUGACAUUACUGCCCCUGGCUGUCCCUGGAGGAGUUAACUGUGAUGCCAAGGGGUGUGUAGCAAGAUGCUUCAUCUCUUAUUGCAUUUAGCCUUGCAGGACCUUGGCUGUGCUGCAGCUCUCCAGAAUUUGGGCUGGGAGGGAGGCUGACAAAGCCAACACUGCUGGAGAGGCCAAACUGACAGCAGGGAUGUCUAGGUAAGGUGACACAGGGAUGCUCAUGUGAAGUUUCUCCAGCUGCAGGGCUUGAGCUCAGCUUUGCACAGUCCUUUUUGUUCACAGUGGGCUCCACAACUGGAGAAGUCCUUCCUGCUUGUGCUCAGCAAGAGGGAAAUGACUGUGAGAGCAGACCAGCAAGGGGAGGUCCUGUAUCAGCCAACGUGUUGGGCUGGAAGGAAGAGAACAGUAGGAUUUGGCCAAUGUGAAGCCUCUGAGGUGUGACUGCUGCUGGCAGGGGACAGGCUGGUGUGGAAACCACCUUUUUGUGAGUGGUCACUGCUUUUCCAGAGAGGACAUGAGUGAAUUUCAGGAGCAAAGGGAUGACACGUGGCUAGGAAGCUGCUUUUGCAGAGUGUGAGAAGCUCCUGUCCUGCUGGUGACUCUCAAGAGUUCGUGAGGUGUGUUGGCUGGUGGGUGAUGUGGCCAUAUGGGGCUGGGAGAGGUCUGGGUAGACCAGCACCUGGCAGGUUCUGAUGGGAAUUUGCUUCCCCAAGUCUGGUUGUAGCCCAGAUUAGGUUGCAGAUUGGAUGCACAGCCAGACCAUGGCCUGUGGUGCUCAGCAAAACAUCUAAACUUGCUGUCUGCCCGUGGUGUCGUCCUGUGCUGAUCGGCAUGGAGUGUUUAGGUGCUCCUGGGGUGAUGGGCUCAGAAUUCUCCUGACACUGACCUGAAGGGGCAGCCAUUUCCUGGGGUCUAUGGUACCCUGUGUGGCCCACAGCAUCUUGGCACCAGGUUGUGAAAUGCUGGUAUCACCUACUCCAAGGAAUGUCUCCUGCUCCCAGUGUGUGCAGGAAGGUUCCCCUGAUCAUGGUUGUGGUGGGAUUUGGGCAUCUCUUCCUUCCCCCACCUCCUCUGGCCAGCUCUGUAUGACAGGAGAGGGGGCAGGGCUCAGGCCUGGGGACAGGCAUUGGUCACAAGCAGCAUGGUGUGAAAGCCCCUGUGGUUCCUGUCCCUCUCCCCAGCCCUGCAGCUGCAGCUUGUGCUGCUGCCACCUGUGUGUGCUCCUGCUCUCCAGCCCUGAUGUGUUUCUUCCAUCUGCUUCUUUGUGCAUUGUUCUUUUGAUUCAUGUUUUAGCUACACAUGUAGAGCUGCCUUUCUUUGACCAGAUGUCCAGAUGUGAGAUAUUGUAUAUUUUAAAGUAUUUACCCUAUUUAUAUACUCAAUGUUACUGUUCAAUAAAGAUAAGUUCCCUUA